AUGGAACAAAUCAAUCUUGAUUGUCUUAUUCUUAUCUUUAAUAUGUUUGAAUUAAUUGAAUAUGAUAAGAAGUCUUUACAUUCUUGUCUUUUAGUUAAUAAAAAGUGGUGUAACAUUGUAGUUCCGAUCUUAUGGGAGAGAUAUUACCCAUCUAAAAUAAAUGAAAAACUUUGCAAUGUUAUACUUUCUUUCUUACCAUCCUCUUCAAAAAAACUUUUAUCAGAUAAUAAUAUUAAAUUACCUUCUUCAACACUUUCAAAAUUUCCAUUAUUUAAUUAUAUCAGUUUUUGCAGAUAUAUAUGCUCUGAUAAUAUAUACAAAAUCAUUAGUAUAGUGUUAAAGAACCCUAAUAAUGAUCAUGGAAGAAAACUUUUGGAACAAGAAAUUUACAAGUUAUUUAUUAGUCAAUGUAAAAAUGUUAAAUAUUUAUUUUGGAAAACUCGUCAGCCUUUAACUUUAUUUCCAAGAGCAUCAAUUUUCUUCUCGCAGCUUCAUCAUUUAUGUAUUGAUAUUGAUUAUGUGAAUUCUGAUGUUCUUUAUGAGUUGGCACACAUUUGUAAAGAUUUAAAUAGUUUAUCUAUUAGAAGUUUUUCUCAUAAUCUUUCUGAAUUAAUUUACUUGAUUGAUGCCCAGAGGAAUUUAAAAGAACUAAUUCUUGAUGCUGUGGUUGAUGAAAAGAUUGGCAAAGAACUAAGCAAAGCAUUAGUAAGAAAUGGAACUACUAUAAAUAUUCUUUGUCUAAACUCGAUUGAUAAUAUUGUGCUUUCAUCUUUAACAAAACUUGUAAAUCUAAAAGAGUUAUCAAUUUAUUGUCGGAAAAAUAAUAAAAAAAUUCAACAACUUGCAAUUUAUGGAUUUCCAAACCUUCAACGCCUAAUGUUAUGUGGUCAUUUAUCUAGUUUUAAAGAGAUCUCUUUAUUAAUUGAAAAAACUAUAGGAAAUAUUUCGGAAAUUUACAUUGACAAUAUCAAUAAAACUGCCAAAGAAACAGGAACUCUAAUUAAAGCAAUUGCUAAUAAUUGUCCAAAGAUUAAUUGCUUAUAUACAUAUCUUGAACCUAAAGAUUUUAUUCAUGUAAAAACGUUAUUAUUAAAUUGUAGAUUUUUAAAAACAAUAGUUUUAGAAAGUUUGGAAUUUUCUAUAAAUAAAAAUGAUAAUAAUAUAGGAGAUGAAUUAUUAAAUAUUUUUAUCUUAUUUUCUCCAAAAUUUUUAAAUGAGAUAUUUGUUAGCGGACUAUGGGAGUAUUCAAUCAAUACUUUUAUCCAAUUUUUUGAAAGUUUUAGAGGAAAAACUUUGUAUCGUUUCGCUAUUAUUGAUACAGUUAAUUAUAUUACAAAUGAUCAUGAAAUUAUAGCUAGAAAAUAUAUUGAUGAAGGAGUGGUGAAAUGUGCUUGGGUAUGA